CUUAUGGUUACUGCGUUCACCCUUUACUAGGAGUCGUGAAUCUGAGAGAGAGACAGAGGGAAAACAUGGCGGCCGAGGAGGACAGCGGAGAGUUUUACCUCCGUUACUACGUGGGGCAUAAAGGGAAAUUCGGGCACGAGUUUUUGGAGUUCGAGUUCAGGCCGGACGGGAAGCUCCGAUAUGCCAACAAUUCCAACUACAAAAACGACACCAUGAUCCGCAAAGAGGUCUUCCUUACCCCUGCCGUUCUAAAGGAAUGCCGCCGCAUCAUCUCCGAGAGCGAGAUCAUGAAAGAAGAUGAUAACAACUGGCCUGAGCCUGACCGUGUUGGACGACAGGAGCUUGAGAUUGUGAUGGGGAAUGAGCAUAUCUCCUUCACUACUUCAAAGAUUGGGUCCCUUGUUGAUGUUCAGAGCAGUAAGGAUCCCGAAGGGCUUCGCAUAUUUUAUUAUCUGGUUCAGGACUUGAAGUGCUUUGUAUUCUCUCUCAUCUCGCUCCACUUCAAGAUCAAGCCUAUUUAAAGAAUGAUAAUCGUCUGCCAUACAGAGGUGUCACAAGGGGUGUGUCUGCUUUUGUUAUAGCUACCAUUUCUUUUGCUCUCCUUUUCCCUCUUUUCUUUUUGAACUCGUUUAGCUUAGUGUGUGGUUGUAUGAGUGAUUACAGUGAUUUUGGAACUUUGGGCGAAAUGCAUCGAGUCUGUUAUGAAAAGCGUUACUGGUGCACUUGUUUUCUUUCAGUAAUAUUUUGAAGCCUUUUCAGCAUCGAUUAUUUUAUGAUGAA